CCCUCCCCUCAUGUGCUGCCUGUCCCCCCAGGCGUGGGCUAUGGGAUGAUGGUGGUCUCCACGUACAUUGGCAUCUACUACAAUGUGGUGAUCUGCCUCGCCUUCUACUACUUCUUCUCCUCCAUGACACGGGUGCUGCCCUGGACCUACUGCACCAACCCCUGGAACACCCCCGACUGCUCCGGGGUGCUGGACGCCACCAACGGCUCUGCCGCACCACCCCUCAACCUCACCCAGCUCCUCAACCACACGCUCAAGCGCACCAGCCCCAGCGAGGAGUACUGGAGGCGGUACGUGCUGAGGCUCUCGGACGACAUCGGGAACCUGGGCGAGGUGCGGCUCCCCCUGCUGGGCUGCCUGGGCAUCUCCUGGGUCGUCGUCUUCCUCUGCCUCUUCAAGGGCGUCAAGUCAUCAGGAAAAGUGGUGUACUUCACAGCCACCUUCCCCUACGUGGUGCUCACCAUCCUCUUCGUGCGCGGCAUCACCCUGGAGGGCGCCGUCACCGGGAUCAUGUUCUACCUGACGCCACAGUGGGACAAGAUCCUGGAUGCCAAGGUCUGGGGAGACGCUGCCUCCCAGAUCUUCUACUCUCUGGGCUGCGCCUGGGGGGGGCUCAUCACCAUGGCAUCCUACAACAAGUUCCACAACAACUGCUACAGGGACAGCAUCAUCAUCAGCAUCACCAACUGCGCCACCAGCGUCUAUGCCGGCUUCGUCAUCUUCUCCAUCCUGGGCUUCAUGGCCCAGCACCUGGGCGUGGACGUCUCCCAGGUGGCCGACCACGGGCCCGGCCUGGCCUUCGUGGCCUACCCCGAGGCCCUGACCCUGCUGCCCAUCUCGCCCCUCUGGUCCGUGCUCUUCUUCUUCAUGCUCAUCCUGCUAGGGCUGGGCACGCAGUUCUGCCUGCUGGAGACACUGGUGACGGCCAUUGUGGACGAGGUGGGGAAUGACUGGAUCAUCCGCAGGAAGAUGUUUGUGACGCUGGGCAUGGCCGUGGUGGGCUUCCUGCUGGGCAUCCCACUCACCACCCAGGCUGGCAUAUACUGGCUCCUGCUGAUGGACAAUUACGCUGCCAGCUUCUCCCUGGUCAUCAUCUCCUGCAUCAUGUGCGUCUCCAUCAUGUACAUCUACGGUACGUUCCCCAUCUGCUGGCGCCAUGGCAACGGUGGCCCAAAGAGCAGCUCUCAGUGCAGUUUCUGCCUGCUGGAGACACUGGUGACGGCCAUUGUGGACGAGGUGGGGAACGACUGGAUCAUCCGCAGGAAGAUGUUUGUGACGCUGGGCAUGGCCGUGGUGGGCUUCCUGCUGGGCAUCCCACUCACCACCCAGGUACGGGCACGGGGCUCCCUGCCGGGCGUCCCGCUCACCACCCAGGCUGGCAUCUACUGGCUCCUGCUGAUGGACAAUUACGCUGCCAGCUUCUCCCUGGUCAUCAUCUCCUGCAUCAUGUGCGUCUCCAUCAUGUACAUCUACGGGUGGCAGGCUGACAGGGAUGUGGGGCUGGUAGGUGUGGGGCCCGUGGGACACAGGGACCUGCUCUGCUCUCCACCCCAGUGCAGGGGCCACGGGCAGGCCUGGGGUCCCCGGCUGAGCCCACCCCCCCACUUCUGUGCCCCCCAGUUCAUCCUGGUGUUCACGGUGAUCCAGUACCGGCCCAUCGCCUACAACACCUACGUCUAUCCCCCCUGGGCCAUCAGCAUCGGGUUCCUCAUGGCGCUGUCCUCCGUGCUCUGCAUCCCGCUCUACGCCGUCUACAAGCUCUGCCGCGCCGAAGGGGACACGCUGCUCCAGCGUUUGAAAAACGCCACCAAGCCGAGCCAGGACUGGGGCCCGGCGCUGGCUGAGCACCGGGCCGGGCGCUACGCCCCCGCCCCCGCGGCCCGCCUGGAGGUGCAGCCGCUGAACCCCGAGAAGCCGCGGAGUGAGGACGUGGCCCUCCCCGUGCAGGGCAGCAACGGCUCCGCCCACAGCCAGGACUCCAGACUGUGACCCGGCCCCAGCCCCUGCGCCCCCGACCCGCCCUGCUCGGUGACGCACUGCAGUGCCCCCGGCUGGGGGAGCCCAGGCUGCACCGGGCACCGCUGGGGGCUCCCCGUGUGUGUGUCCUCUCCUCCUCCCCUCCCCACGGUGUGUGUUCCCCCUCGUGUUUACAGUAAGGGCCCCGCAGCCGGGCCCAGCGCACCGCCGACAGGAGGGGAGCGGCUGCCCAGCCCGCCCGCGGGGGGCCCGCUCGGCCGGGGCCGAAGGCGCCGUGGAGGGCGUGUGGACCUCGGGGGAGCAGCUCGGCCCCUGCCCAGCCUGUGACUGGGGUACAGGGAAGCCAGGG